AUGUCCAACACUGUCGAUAGGUCGGCAGACGACCGAAAGGACUCCAUCGCCCUUCGUACUGCUCCUGACGUCGAACACAUCGAGGCUCCUGACUCCGGUUACAUUAACGGUGUCCUGGGUUCCCAGAUCUUCAUUAAUGCCGUCGAAUACGUCGGUGCCCCGGAAGUCGAUGAAUCAAAGACUUCUUUGAUUGUCUCCAUCUUGUCAUGCGGAACCUUCUUUGGUGCUUUGAUUGCUGGUGACGUUGCUGACUGGAUCGGCCGCAAAUGGACCGUCAUUAUGGGUUGCGCCAUCUACGCGCUUGGCUGCGCCGUUCAGAUGAUCACCAGCCCCGAAUAUGCCCUGGGCCCUAUUGUUGCUGGUCGAGUCAUUGCUGGUCUUGGCGUCGGUUUCGAGUCUGCCAUUGUCAUUCUGUACAUGUCUGAAAUUUGUCCUCGCAAGGUCCGUGGUGCCCUUGUUGCCGGCUACCAAUUUUGCAUCACCAUUGGUAUCAUGUUGGCGUCCAUUGUUGUCUAUGGCGCCAAGGACUACGAUAACACGGGUGCCUACCGUGUUCCCAUUGCUAUUCAGUUUCCCUGGGCCUUGAUUCUCGGAAUCGGGUUGCUUUUCCUCCCCGACUCCCCGCGUUACUUUGUCAAGAAGGGGAAGAUCCAGAAUGCCAUCGACUCCCUCUCUCGAGUUCGUGGUCAGCCUCCAAAUUCCGAGUAUGUCCAGACAGAGCUGGCCGAGAUCAUUGCCAAUGAGGAGUAUGAGCGUGCUCUCAUUCCAUCAACCACCUGGUUUGGCAGCUGGGCCAAUUGUUUCAAGGGCAGUAUCUGGAGCGGCAAGUCCAACCUCCGUCGCACCAUUCUUGGUACUUCCCUGCAGAUGAUGCAGCAGUGGACUGGUGUCAACUUCAUCUUUUACUACUCGACCCCUUUCCUCAAGUCCACCGGUGCCAUCAGCAACAUAUUUCUGAUGUCUUUGAUUUUCACUCUUGUCAAUGUAUUAUCCACACCCUUAUCUUUCUGGACUGUCGAGAGAUUUGGUCGCCGCACCAUUCUCAUCGUCGGUGCUGCGGGUAUGCUCAUCUGUCAGUUCCUCGUGGCCAUUAUUGGUGUUACCGUUGGCUUCAACCACACUCACCCCGAUCCCGCGAACCCUGAAAAUCACUUGGCCGACAAUGUCCCGGCCGUCAACGCACAGAUUGCCUUCAUUUCCAUCUUCAUCUUCUGGUUUGCCUCCACGUGGGGUCCUGGUGCCUGGAUCGUCAUUGGCGAGAUUUUCCCUCUUCCCAUUCGAUCUCGUGGUGUUGCGCUCUCCACCGCCUCGAACUGGCUGUGGAACACCAUCAUUGCCGUCAUCACCCCAUACAUGGUUGGUGAAAAGCGCGGCAACCUGAGGUCAUCGGUAUUCUUCAUCUGGGGAGGUCUCUGCUCGUGCGCCUUUGUGUAUGCUUACUUCCUGAUUCCGGAAACCAAGGGUCUCUCUCUCGAGCAAGUCGACAAGAUGAUGGAAGAGACUACUCCUCGUACCUCGGCCAAGUGGAAACCCACCACUACUUUUUCCCAGACUGUUGGCACAGGCAACUACAUGGAGAAGCCUAUUGCUCAGGCGUAA